AUGAAAACUGAAAAUUUCUUCAAGUACGGCGCCCCUUUGUACAACUUGAAAAGUACUCGCGCUCAUUCACAAACCCAACCGCAGAGUGUCGGCAACAGCAACAGCAACAUCAACGGCAACAGCAACCUUAGCAAUUUGACAUCGUUGUUGACAAGCGAGAAUUUGCGUAAUCUGACGCAAAACCGCGGAUCCGGUUAUUCCGAUAGGGAGAGCAUCUGCAGCGUCAGCAGCGCCGCGGGCAGGAUUAAACGCCGAUCAAGGAACUUCUCGAUGAAGUCCUCGAAGGGCAUCAGCAAGAAGAGCAAGACCAUGGAUUAUACCAAUUAUGCGUAUAAUGAGGCGGUGGGUCGCCUCAAGGUAAUGCUGGCCGACAAUUCGUACGUGGCCACGCCCAAAAUGGUCAACAGUGCCGCCGCCUAUCUGCGCAACUUCAAUGAGGACUCAGGCGAUAAUUUCUCGGAUAAUUUAUCGGUCAUCGAAAGACCCGUCUUCUCGGACAUUUCCAAGUAUCUGUCGCCCAGUCAGAAGUCGCGGAUGAGCACGUAUCGUCCGAAAAAGAGUUAUACAACUGGCUAUCUCUCUGCAUCCAAGGAGAAUCUGGCCAGCACACCAACUCUCUAUCCCAGCAGUGUGCCGGUGACAACUCUUCCCACGGAUAGCGUUCAAGCGCCGCUGGAGAUCUUUAAUUUCAUUGAGAAGCAAGAGGACUAUAUUGAACAGCUGGAGAAGGAGUCCAAGUACUGUCGCAACGAGUUGACCAAUUUGCUGGGCAAGGUCAAGGAUGUGAUCAAUGAGAACGAACAUCUAACGGAGAAUGCACGUACUGAGCUGGCGGCAAUGGGAAGUGGCACGUCCAAGCCAUUGUCGCAACCGGCCGCAAUUACCACCAGUCCCUCCUCGGAUAGCGAUGAGCACUUGCUCUAUGCCGGCCGCAAGACUCCAAGCACACCACGUAAGAGCAAUUUGAAGGUCCAAUCGCCACGCUAUGCCAGUGCACCGAACAUUGUCUAUGAGGCACGUAUCAGCGAAUUGGAGGCCGAGCUAAUGCAGGCCAACAUCGAUCUGAAACGCGUCAGAACCGAAAAUGAGGAGCUCAAGCGAAAGUUGGCUCACACGGAUCCCCUAAGCGCCGUCGCCACUCUGGGCAGCAACAACUGUGAGACUCAUCGCAAACAGCUGGAAAUGAUGCAGCAGGAUAAAUCAGCUCUUGAAGAGUCUGUGCGUCAACUGCAACGCAUGCUGGACGAGGCCAAGUCCCAGCAUCACAACAGCGCCAGCUCCAAGCGUUACAUUAGCGAUCUCGUCCAAAUGGAACGCUCCCAGGCAGAGCUGGAGGUUCGUCAUCUUCGGGAUGAGCUGGACAGACAGCACGAGCGUGUGCGGGAACUGCAACACGAGAUGGCCCGACGUUUGGCCGACGAGCGAGCAAACGCGGAGAGACGUUAUAAUAGUCAGGUGGAUCAGCUGGGCGGGGAUCUGAGCAGCCAGUGGGAGCAGGUGGCAAAGUUGCAGUUGGAGCUGGAACGCCAGAAGCGCUACGAAACCGAUCUGAAACGUGAUGUAACCAAUCGUAAUUCUCAAAUCGAGGAGCUGAAAAUGGAAUUGCGUGCAAAUCGCACCACUUUUCUGGCUGACAUGGCCCAGGUCAAUGCGGAGAAACAAUCGCUGGAGCAGGAGAUCACCUCGUUGCGUCUACAGUUGGAUCGGGCGGCACGUGAGAACAAGACGGAGGCAGCUCGUCUAAAUGCGGAGAUCAAUUCGCUGCGUCAGCGUCUGGAUCGAGGAGAUGCUGAUCUGCUGCAUUCGAAGCGAGAGGUUUUGCGUUUGAACGAUGAGAUUGCAAAUCUGGAGAAGGAGCUUGCUUAUGGGGAGCUGAAGAACGAAAUACGACCCACCAAAAAGGACUUGGACAAAAGAAUUUCCGAAAUGCAGGAUAAACAUGCGGAAACGGUGAAUGAGCUCGAAGAAAUGAUAACGUCUCAGAAGCAACUCAUGGAUAAACUGACGAAUGAGUGUAAAACGUUAACCGGAAAAUUAGAGGAUACAAGCUAUAAGCACAAAGAGGAAAUAUCUGCUUUACAAUCGAAUCUAGAGUAUUUAUCUAAUCGCAUGUUAAGCAAUGAAGAGCAUAUGAGUAAAUUAGAUACCACACCACAUGAUUAUACUAGCUUAGGCGCAGGCAAAGCCGCAUACGAUUACCAGCCGUCCACAUAUGGCACAACAAUUGAACCCAUACAAAGCACGACACAACUACACAACAACGUUGACGACGACUACAGCAAGCCAAGCAGCUCCUAUGGUUACGACGCAACAGCAACACCAGCAGCAACAGCAACAGCAACACCAACAGCAGCAACCGCAGCUGCAGCAACAACAUCAGCAGCAGCAGCAGAUAUCAUUGGAGGCGCCAACAAUGGCAACAGCAACACAAUUGCUGGCGCAGCUGCAGCAACGCGCAAGAGCAGCAUCAGCAACGGCAGCGCCAAUAUCCUGUCCGACAGCAGCCACAGUUAUGGACUCAACGAUAACGAUGACGAAAAUCUCAAGGACAACCUUGGCAUGGGCGAAAAGCAGCAGCAGCAACAGCAGCAGGAACUGGAGCAACAACGCGAGCGACAACGGGAACGUGAACGCGAGGAACGAGAUCGGGAGCUACAACAGCUGCGGGAGCAACGUGAAAAGCGUGAACGGGAACGAGAACGUGAACAAACCGAGCAGCAGCAGACGCAGCUCAAUCGACGCUACAGCAAUGCUGAGCAGCAACCACAGCAACAGCAACAGCAACCACAACAGCCACAGCAGCAACAGCUCGGCGAUGCCAGCGUCUCGAAUGCCGGCAGCGCCAAUCUGGCCGCCUACAAUACCGACUACAGUGCCUACGAUCAGCAGCAAUACGAUGCCAGUGCCUACGAUCCCAGCGCCUAUGCCCAGCAGCCCUACGAUGCCCAGCAAUAUGGCUACGAUGCCAAUGCCGGCUAUGACUACAGCGCCGCCGACUAUGGGCAGUCCGGUUACCAAUAUGAUGCCGCGCCAGAAGCAACCACAGCCAACCAGUCACAGUCACAGUCACAGCCACAGUAUCAACCACUGCCACACCCCCAACCAACUCAGCAACUGUUGGCGGUGGCGUCUCCGGCAGCGGUGCCGUGCCCAGCCCAGCAGCGGGCCGCACACAAUCGCGCCCGGGCAGCGGAACUGUGGGGCCAGCAGCUGCAGCUGGAGCCGUCGGCGGCAGCAGAUCCGCUGUGCCACAACAGUCUGCCGCGCCAGCCGCCGGCAAGAAGUAGCUGGAGUCCCGAGUCGACCGACCUCACGCCAAUUGAUCCGCUGCAAUUAGAGUUCAGUAUAAGCAGUCCCAGUCUAAUGCGCUCCACAGACACCUCCAAUCCCGACGAUGAAUCCUGUGCCGACCUAAGUGAAACCUUUGUGCUGCAGGCAGCCGACUCCGAUGCCAGUUUAUCGCCAGCACACACCACAAUUGUCACCGUGCGACGGUCGAGUGCGCCAGCGUUGGUGCAACAAGGGCAGAAGGAGCAGGAGGAGAAUCACACUGAUAUUGUCAAUGAAACGGUAAUCAUUGAGCGUGACUAUCGUGCAUUGUAGUUGUAAGCACUAGUUUUCCAACUUACUCCACUUAGGGAGACUUCCAUCAUUAUUCUACUCAUAAACUCAUAUGUUUCGGAUUGGCUUUUACAAAUCAACAAUAUUUGAUAUUAAUAUUUGUAAUUAAAUUUGUAAACUCCAAAUGCAAUUAAUAUAAACUGAACGAUAAUUACUUUAACUACAA